ACUAUUUCAGGAAAGGCACGGGUGAAACCCUCCAUACCUGCAGCUCAGUGCCACAGAUCUUCGUUGCAUGCCUGCCACCGUCAACAUCAAAAGAAAAGAGGAAAAAAACACUCCGACUUUUGCGUCUGUUGUGUAUGUGUGUGUGUUUGAGGGGGAUAAAGGAGGGAGGCGAGGCAGAGCGAAAGAGAUUAUGAAUGCGCACUGAGAGGCACUCAGAGGAACAAUUGUCUUACUAUUCAAGUCUAGCCUAUAAGUGCAUUUGUUCGCCUUGUUUACCUUCCCGUUGAACUGUCUGAAGACAACUUCCUGAAAACCUCGCCAUGAAGUGAUGCUACUCUUUUUUUUCCUGACCAGCUGAAUGACGUCUCGCAAGGAAAGGGGGCUGAAAACUCGGCGCACACAGUGAAUCCCUCGCUGUGACUCAUUCAUUUUGUAUAAAUGCGAGCGGUUGCGGAGACCGAGAAAGAGCCGGGGCUUUAAUUAGCUGGAUAUUUCUUAGCCUUCCGCUCAUUUGAGAGCAUACUACUCGUUUUCUUUCUUUCUUUCUUUCCCCUUUUUUGGAGACUGUGGAGAUGAUAUGCACCCCUGGGAGAGAGACACCACAGCCGACCGAGCCAUCCCUGCGCUCCCGCGGAGUUGGUUUGAGCAAGAAGAAUGUCACCCACUUCUGCUGGUCCUAACAUCUCAGCACUGAUUUGAGAGAUAAUUUAUUAAAACCCACUGUAUGUUAUUUGGUAGAAUUGCCGCUUUAGGUUGUGAAUAUUCCCAGCAGCGGCUUCAUUGCUGUUUCGCGUUUUGGAUUGAGCAUAAAUGGACAAAAUUAGGCCAGUUCAUCUGCGGCGGGUGAUCAUCUUCUUUUACUGAUAUUUUCUGACUAAUGGAUGGAGCCCUUUUUUCCGAGGGGAACUGAAUUACCGUCAGGAGCUCCACUAUUCAACAAGCUGCACCGCUCACUCCUGGCAGCAAAGCGAUGGGCGCAGUUUGUCUGAGCCAUCUACUGCGUCUUGGUUCUCCAGCCCAGCUUGUUGAAUCUCCUCACUGUUGACAAGGAUGGGUUCGUUUUAACAAAACUUCUUCGCCUCUUUGGUUCUGUCUCCGGCGGUUUGCAGACUCCAUUGUUCCGUUAAAGUUGACCAUGGCUCGUCCUGGAUCGUGCGUGAAGCUGAGCACUAUAUGGAGAGCGCUUUGGCUCAUGAGGACUGUGGUAGAUUUCGCGCUGCCUCAGGAGACUUAUGCGCCCCAUUCAAUACGGACUGAGGGGCAUCUUACCCUCGGUGGACUCUUCCCGGUGCAUGCCAGAGGUGCCGACGGCACGCCGUGCGGGGAUCUCAAACGGGAAAACGGCAUCCAGCGGCUUGAGGCCAUGAUGUACGCUUUGGACCAAAUCAACCAGGACGACCAACUCUUACCCAACAUCACCUUAGGCGCCCGGGUGCUGGACACUUGUUCGAGGGAUACCUACGCGCUGGAGCAAUCUUUAACUUUCGUUCAAGCCCUGAUCACGAAGGACACCUCCGACGUGAGAUGCACUAAUGGGGAGCCACCGGUGUUUGUCAAGCCUGAAAAAGUGGUGGGAGUCAUCGGAGCCUCGGCGAGCUCAGUAUCGAUUAUGGUUGCCAACAUCCUACGCCUCUUUCAGAUCCCGCAGAUCAGCUAUGCGUCAACAGCCCCGGAGUUGAGUGAUGACAGGCGGUAUGACUUCUUCUCACGGGUGGUUCCUCCAGACUCAUUCCAGGCCCAGGCCAUGGUGGACAUUAUCCGAGCCCUGGGCUGGACUUACGUCUCCACCAUCGCGUCAGAGGGCAGUUAUGGAGAGAAGGGAGUGGAGGCCUUCACACAACUCUCCAAAGAAGCAGGUGGAAUCUGCAUCGCCCAAUCUUUGAAAAUUCCCCACAACCCCAAGCUGGAAGAUUAUGACAAAGCCAUCCAACAGCUGCUGGAAACGCACCACUCGCGGGCAGUCAUCAUCUUUGCCAGUGAAGAAGACAUACGGGGAGUUCUCAAUGCCACCAAGAGGGCCAAUCAGGUGGGCCAUUUCCUGUGGAUUGGAUCUGACAGCUGGGGGGCCAAGAGCAGCCCGAUCCACCAGCUCGAGGAUGUGGCGGUGGGAGCAGUCACCAUACUGCCCAAACGCUCCUCCAUUGCAGGGUUUGAUGAAUACUUCACUGGGCUCACCCUCGAGAACAACCGCAGAAACGUGUGGUUUGCUGAGUUCUGGGAGGAGAACUUUGACUGCAGGCUCCUCAGUGCCUCGAAGAGAGAGGAUACGAGCCGUAAAUGCACAGGCCAAGAGCGCAUCGGGAUGGACUCCAAGUACGAGCAGGAGGGGAAGGUGCAGUUUGUGAUUGACGCGGUGUACGCCAUGGCCCACGCUCUCCACAACAUGCAGAGGGACUUAUGUCCUGAUCAUCCUGGCGUUUGUCCACAAAUGGAGUCUGCUGAGGGAAAGACUCUGCUGAAGUACAUACGAAACACCAGCUUCAACGGCAGCGCCGGCACCUCUGUUGUGUUUAACAAGAACGGCGACGCUCCAGGACGCUAUGACCUGUUCCAGUUCCAGAUGACCAACUCCUCCACCCCAGAGUAUAAGGUGGUAGGACAGUGGGUGGAGAACCUCCAGCUCAGGCUGGAGGAGCUUCAGUGGCCAGAUGGGGAGCAGGAGGUGCCUAUCUCUGUGUGCAGUCUGCCCUGUAAAACUGGAGAGAGGAAGAAGAGGGUAAAGGGCAUGCCGUGCUGCUGGCACUGUGAGCUAUGUGACGGGUACCAGUAUCAGUAUGAUGAGACUUCCUGCAGACUGUGUGCCUACAACAUGCGGCCCAACCCCAACAGAACCGCCUGCCAGCCCAUCCCAAUUGUGAAGCUGGAGUGGCACUCUGCUUGGGCAAUUAUCCCCGUCUUCCUGGCCAUGCUUGGUAUCAUUGCCACCAUCUUUGUCAUGGCCACCUUUAUACGCUACAACGACACACCUAUCGUGCGGGCAUCGGGCCGAGAGCUGAGUUACGUGCUGCUAACUGGCAUCUUCCUGUGUUACAUCAUCACCUUCCUGAUGAUUGCCAAGCCUGACGUAGCCGUGUGUGCCUUCAGGAGGAUCUUCCUGGGCCUGGGCAUGUGCAUCAGCUACGCCGCGCUGCUCACCAAGACCAACCGUAUCUAUCGGAUCUUCGAGCAGGGCAAGCAGACAGUCACCGCUCCUCGCUUCAUCAGCCCCACCUCGCAGAUUGCCAUUACUUCUAGUCUGAUCUGCGUGCAGCUGCUGGGCGUGCUGGUGUGGUUCGCCGUGGACCCUCCAAACACCAUCGUUGACUACGAUGAGCAGAAAACCAUCAACCCCAUGCUAGCCCGUGGCGUGCUGAAGUGUGACAUCACAGACCUACAGAUAAUCUGCUCGUUGGGCUACAGCAUCCUGUUGAUGGUGACCUGCACCAUCUACGCCAUCAAGACACGGGAUGUACCAGAAGACUUCAAUGAAGCCAAGCCCAUUGGCUUCACUAUGUACACCACUUGCAUAGUCUGGCUGGCCUUUAUCCCGAUUUUCUUUGGCACAGCCCAGUCGGCAGAGAAGCUGUACAUUCAGACAACCACCCUGACCAUCUCCAUGAACCUCAGUGCCUCAGUAGCACUGGGCAUGCUCUACAUGCCCAAGGUGUACAUCAUUAUCUUCCACCCUGAGCUGAACGUACAGAAGAGGAAGCGUAGCUUCAAGGCUGUGGUCACAGCUGCCACAAUGUCAUCACGUCUGUCCCAGAAGCCCAACGAGAGGCCCAAUGGAGAGGCCAAGACUGAGCUGUGUGAGAACCCCGCUGCUGACCCCAUGAGGAAGGGAGCUCUAGAGGAACAGAGAAAGACAGACAGAGACAGGAGAGCGAGCGCAGGCAUCCCAGCACCACCUGCAGUACCUAUGCACUCCAGGACUGUGGAUAGCAACCAACCUUCAUCCAGACAUGAUACAUGAGUCCUGACAGAGACUAGCACAGCUGUAGGCCAGUGUGGCUGGGUCGGCCUCACUAACCAAACUCUAGGUUUUAAACUUGUGUUGUGGCCCCCUUCUCUCUGACAGAGAACAACUUGCCUGCUAAAAGGGGUCACACUGUGAACGAGGACAAACCGCUUAAAAAAAAAAAAAAAAGAGAGAAAAGUAAAAGGACAGUGGAUCUGCUUUCAAGAUGUUUUCUUUUGAAAUGUCAUUAAAGCCAUAUUCUCUUGGGGUUCCCAUUAUCUGAUUUUCUGUUUUGUAUUGUUUCAGUGAUUUUCUUCUGUGCCUCUUUUUCUUGCAGUUGAUUUAAUUACCUUGAACAGCAAGCUCUGCCACAUACAGUACUUUGUUUUACUGAAAUCAACGCAAAUCGGUCCCAGAUGAUUAUUAUGUUAGAGUGAUGGGCAUUGUAAGUAUAUUUUUUUUGUAAAUAUUUGAGAGUAUUUUCAUGUUUGGAGUACAAAAAUAGAUAUCCAGUCUUUGUUCAAUUGGAUUUGGAUGGUAAUGAAAAAGCACCACAAAGUGUUCACUUUGCAUGUGCCAAUGUAUGUCUGUUCUAUUUGAUGUAAACAAAAAAAAAAAAAAAAAGAGAAAUAAAUUCUGAAAAUGACGAUACGCUUCAGCAUCCUUCUGCCGUUUGUUUUCUUUACCAGGACUGAACUUCAUUAAAUGACAGAAUAUGGCUUUAAUCUGUUGUUGGAUUGACCCCCUCCUGUAUCUGCAAGCAUGUUUGUUUUAUAUAGUUUCGUACUGGGUAUAUUAUGCCUAAUUAUGGUGUGGGAAACAUUAAUAUCAGAGCAAUCAUGCAAGUAUGUUGUGAUGUCUGUCAAAUUAUGAACAUGUAAUAAAAUCAUUUUGUUAUCUUUUAUACAAUUA